GCAGCCCUGUGUCCCCUGUUUUUGAGAGGCCAGUAGCCUACCAGUAUCCUAAAUAUGUCCAGGUUGGCAUUGUGGGAAGAACAGGAGCUGGAAAAAGUUCCCUCAUCGCAGCCCUUUUUAGGUUGUCAGAACCCGAAGGUAAAAUUUGGAUUGAUAAAAUCUUGACAACUGAGAUUGGACUUCACGAUUUAAGGAAGAAAAUGUCAAUCAUACCUCAGGAACCUGUUUUGUUCACUGGAACAAUGAGGAAAAACUUGGAUCCUUUUAAUGAGUACACGGAUGAGGAGCUGUGGAAUGCCCUAAAAGAGGUACAACUUAAAGAAGCCAUUGAAGAUCUUCCUGGUAAAAUGGAUACUGAAUUAGCAGAAUCAGGAUCCAAUUUUAGCGUUGGACAGAGACAGUUGGUGUGCCUUGCUAGAGCAAUUCUCAGGAAAAACCGGAUAUUGAUUAUCGAUGAAGCUACAGCAAAUGUGGAUCCAAGAACUGAUGAGCUAAUACAAAAAACAAUCCGGGAGAAGUUUGCCCAUUGCACUGUGCUCACCAUCGCACACAGAUUGAACACUAUCAUUGACAGUGACAAGAUAAUGGUUUUGGAUUCAGGAAGACUGAAAGAAUAUGAUGAGCCAUAUGUUUUGCUGCAAAAUAACGAGAGCCUAUUUUACAAGAUGGUACAACAACUGGGCAAAGCAGAAGCCGCUGCCCUCACUGAAACAGCAAAACAGGUGUACUUUACAAGAAAUUAUCCAGUCAUUGCAACUCACACUGGCCAUGUGUUUAUGAACAAUUCGAAUGGACGACCCUCACCCUCAACUAUUUUUGAGACAGCACUGUGAAUUCUACCAAGAUGUUAAGUCUAUUUUGAAGUCAUUUUCCAGGUUUUUUGCACUGCAUUAACUAUAUUGUACAUUUUUUACCCUAGCAACAAAUAUUUAUACACACGAGAUGUUAUUUCAUUUGGAUUUUUCCCCCAACUUUAUUCAGUGAUUUCAAUCUCUAACAAAAU